UGCGGUAUGCUCUGCUAUUUUCGGUUUCUAUCAACAUACCAGGCUGUUAAAUAGCCCUAAGCAUUGAAUACUGAAACAUAAGAACGAAAGAACGCCUCGAGCAAAGCUGACAAACAAGAAUAGGAUACGGAACCAGUGCUUUCAAAGGAUGGUUCCUAGAGAGACGAGGCUUAAUUUGACCACACGUAAAUACACCGCUUCAACUUGUAACACCACCAACAGUAUCCUCUACGAGGCACAGCUGCCUUCGUCUCAUUGGAAGAAGUCACUAUCUCAGUGAAGAGAGCCGUUCGCUACAAUACUGUGAUUGACAAUCCUUUCUUUAUCAGAGACCGAAUCAUAGAUGCAGGAUCACAUUGGUUCGCCAGCGUUCAAGCUGGUUGCAAGGAAUUCUAGAAAUAAUUCCCCUUUCUUCAGGAGCGACUCAAACAACAACACGCCUCGGCCUAAGACACCGCCAAUGAAUAAUCCCAAGCAGGAGAGAGACAGAGAAGGAGAACGACGAGCAGCAGCCUUGAACCUGGAAUGGCUGAAAAGUUCCUUCAAGCUGUUAGAAAGUGCGCUGAGGGAGCGGAACAAACAGCUCGAGAUACAAAAGAAGGAGAUCGAGUUCUUACGGAACGAACUUAGAAGAAAAGAUGACGUCAUCAAGGAGUACGAAAACUUGAUCAAUGAACGAGAGGACAUGGAGAAACAGGAAGUCGAAAUUUUACACAAGGAAAUUAGAAUAUUGCGUAUGGACGUCAUGUCUAAAGAGAUGACAAUACGAGAGCACCAGAGCGAGAUUGAGAGACUGGACAGCAAAGUUGAAAAGCUCAUGUCCGUUAUGCCGCCUCCGUCUCUACCUCGCGCGCGCGCGCAGGGAGUAUCCGCUGAACCAAAGAACCUGAACAACAACAGUCAAAAGCAGCUUAAACACUGCCCCAAAAAGCCAAGAUCUAAAGAACUUAUAAAGGAUGCCAUUUUGGACAAUGAUUUCCUCAAAAAGUUGGAACCAUCACAAAUCCGUGAAGUUGUUGAAUGCAUGUAUGAGAGGAAAUGGAGAAAGGGUGAAUUCCUUAUCAAAGAAGGAGAAUCAGGCUCACACCUUUAUGUACUGGAAGAGGGUAAAGUCAAAGUCCUAAAGGAAGGAGAGGAAAAGGGUAGUAUGGGACCAGGAAAAGUGUUUGGGGAACUUGCCAUCUUAUACAAGUGCCCCAGGACAGCCAGUGUGAAAGCUGAGAGUGAUGUCAAGGUCUGGUCCAUUGACAGGCAAACAUUCCAGACAAUAAUGAUGAAGACAGGAAUGUUAAAACAGAAGGAACACAUUGACUUUUUGAAAAGUGUCCCAUGGCUUGCUAAGUAUGGAGAAGACCUGCUCUGUAAGGUUGCAGAUGUCAUUGAGGAGGCAUUCUAUGAUGAGGGAGAGUACAUCAUACGUCAGGGUGCAAGGGGAGACACGUUUUUCAUCAUCAAGAAGGGAGAGGUUGAAGUUACACAGAGAGCUACAGUGCAUGCAGAUCCUAAUUUCAUUCGCACUCUCAAAAAGGGCGAGUACUUUGGGGAAAAAAAUCUCAUGGGUGAUGAAUUUCGAACAGCAAAUUGUAUUGCAGCCAAGGGAGGUGUGCAAUGUCUCGUGUUGGAUCGAGAACCUUUUGAAGCAUAUAUUGGAAGUUUAGAAGACUUGCAAACAGACAAAUAUAGCGACAAGGCAAGAGGAGUUGAACCACAGACUGCAAGACAGAUCCAAGAAAUUGAAAGUCGCACUAAAGAAGAACAGAAUGAGUUUGCAAGUGUUUCUUUGAAAGAUAUCUCAAUCUUGAAGACACUGGGAGUUGGAGGUUUUGGGCGUGUUGAAUUGGUUCAAGUCGCCAAUGAAAAGAAAACAUUUGCCCUGAAAACUCUUAAGAAACAUCACAUCGUUGAAACAAGACAACAGGACCAUAUCAAUUCAGAAAAGAAAAUCAUGAUGGAGGCCAAUUGUCCCUUCAUUGUGAGGCUAUAUAAAACGUUUAAGAAUAAUAAAUACCUAUAUAUGCUUCUGGAAGCUUGUCUGGGCGGUGAACUUUGGACCAUUCUGAGAGACAAAGGGUCUUUUGAUGAUGCGACCACACGUUUUUAUGUAGGCUGUGUAAUAGAAGCUUUCACGUAUCUUCACGAAAGGGGCAUCGUGUAUAGAGAUCUGAAGCCUGAAAAUUUGCUUUUGGAUGAAAAAGGCUACUGCAAAUUGGUCGAUUUUGGUUUUGCAAAGAGAAUAGGUUAUGGAAGAAAAACGUGGACGUUCUGUGGAACACCUGAGUAUGUUGCACCUGAGAUCAUUCUUAACAAGGGCCACGACUUGUCAGCAGAUUAUUGGUCUCUAGGAAUUCUUAUGUAUGAACUGCUUACAGGCAGCCCACCUUUCACGGGGUCAGAUCCAAUGAAGACCUACAACAUAAUUCUCAAAGGAAUUGAUAUGAUCGAGUUUCCUCGCAAGAUCACCAGGAACGCUCAUGGUCUCAUUAAAAAGCUGUGUCGGGACAACCCGAUUGAGCGUCUUGGCUACCAAAAGGGAGGUCUGAAAGACAUAAAGAAAAACAAGUGGUUCGAUGGUUUCAACUGGGACGGCUUGAAGCAGAGGAUACUCAAAGCCCCCAUCGUCCCAAAGAUCAAGUCCCCAACGGACGCAUCAAACUUUGACGACUACCCUCCCGAUGACGAGAUACCUCCAGAUGACACGACAGGCUGGGACAAGGACUUCUAAUCUGGGUGUCAGUGCUAUCGCCACCCGCAUACUGCUUGGAUUCCUCCAGUGUACAGGGCAAGAUGAUAAAUUCCUUUUACGUAGUUCUUAUUCCUUCUCUUUACUUCCUUAGUUCUUACCAUCCGUGAUCUAAGUAGCCAGGAUAAAAAGUUUUUAACCUAAUCUGAAUAGUUUUUAAUACAGUUUUAGUUUGUUCCUGAAAAAGUCUAUUUAGAUUUGAGGGAGAAGCGACAGCAAUAGAGUCGUUUACUUCAAAGUAAGUAAAAAGACGAGAAAUUAGAUUGAUAUUCUAGGAUUUUUUUGUAGCGGUUUUAUUUGAAGUUCCAAAUUGAUCUUACUCCGAAAAUGUUUUUAUGGUUAUUAUAUAUGUCAAAAACAAGACUGUACACUAUAGACAUACAAUUGUUUUAUAGGUUCGUUGACUUAGGUUUUCCUCUUUUCCCCCUCGUUUCUGCCUGAUAAAAUCCGCACAGUCAAAUUGAACGCUGGAGGGGUAACGAUUGUUUUGCAAAGUCUUAAAUAGCAGUAGGUCAGUAAGAAACAUUAAAUAACUGUUCUCAUAUUUUAACAAUGUUUUAUUCUUAAUUGGUUUGCUUUGGAGAGUGUUAUUAUCCAGGCAUACCCACAUAUUUUUAUUAAUAAAUAUUGUAACGUCUUUAAAGUAAAUGGUAAUGAUGCCGGAGAGGGAGAACAAUUUUAGUUGAUUGUCAAUUCGUAAACGAAUCAUUUCACUGUGUUCAGGACCUCUGCAAACAGGAUAGCAAAAUUUUACAUGUGUUAAGCAUAUUCUGCUCUUUUAUGAGAUUACGCUUCAAAUUUUCUUUCGGAAGUGUGUUGAAGAUAUGUAAAUAAUUCAGUCACAAAUAAUUGAAGUUAACACUAACAUAUUAUUACCCUGUCACAUUAUUAUAUCUCCUAAAGAUACUUUCCUUGUGGAUUAGCUUUCAUUAUUCCCACGCUUCUAGCGUAGCCUAUAAAUUUCUCCAGAAAGCAAAUCUUUUGCAUCCAGUAAGGUUGGAACAAUACCAAAUCAGUUACAUUUGUGGCUGAACCGCGUUAGAUAGCAACCUUACCAAGGGAAAAACAACAAAAAACGCGGUUUGCUAUCGGUGGUCUCUUAUGAACUGGCAUUUGAAUGUGUUACGCUUGCUGUUUCGCUUAGAUUCCUUUAUGGCUUGGGUUACCUUAUUGUCAAUUUAUAUAGGACGUAUGCUGCUUUAAGUAACUACUUACAGGAAAUAAUUGCCCAAGGUAAAGUAAAUUUAUUUGUGUGACAGCCUUAUAGAGAUUGGUCACGCGUUCUUUUUAUUGUGCGACGGUCAGUUGGUUUUCACGUCCUGCUCGCAUGCAAAAUAUACCUUGUAACAUGAAAAUAAGUAAACUUUUGUUAGAACUAAAAUGGUUGAUAUAUCUAUCAGGAUCUAUAUGGAGCUGGUUUGGCCGCGAAGUCAGGAGAGUGAGUCGAAUGUCUGUGCGGUCGAAAAAUAUAGAUCUGCUAGGCGAGGUAACCAUUUUGUUAUGGCCUUUGUCACUAUUGAGGCUUCGGUCUCAUUUGUUUUGUUUCGUUAAGAAAGCUCUGCAGACCUCCGGCCGUCAGUGACAUUCCUGGGAAUGAAAGAGUAGUACCUUAAUACCUAAGCAGUGAGCGAAUUCUGUCAGGUAUUUUCACUAUCUUAUUAUUAGGAAUGUAGACUACUCAUUGCUAAAAACGAAAUUAUAACACACCCGAGGCAGAUAACUUUGCCCUCUUAUAAGUAUUGAGCGAAAUCAAUUUUACGUAGAAUUUUCUUUUGUUUCGUUUUGUAGUUCUUUAAAGGCGGUGAAUGAUUUUAGCAAUGUUGCUCUUUCUUAACUUUUAAACAUAGUUUCAAAAUCUUUAGGAGAGUUUUAUGUCGAUUAUUUAUUUCGGACGCCCCUAUCCGUAAGAAAUUGUAAUCGUAAGGAAUUGUGCUGUGCACGGUGGUUUUGAUACGUCAUAUCUGUGAAAUGAAAUGAAUUAUACUGUUGGUAGUUUUGUAUUUAUUUCUUCUAGUAAUGCCAAUCAAAAAUAUAAUCGGAUAAAGCUGUGCAAUGAAAGCGUCAUUAAAAUUAAUUUUUUAACCACUUCA